CACCAAGACCAUCAAUAACUUCGAUUUUCGUCUGACGUGGUCCGUGUACAUCAUCGCACUAUCGGUGAAUUCACUAUAUUUUCCCGUCGGCUGCCUAUCCCUGUCCGUGCAAUCGUUCUGUUGCAGCUCCCACGUCGUCAUACCGAGCACCCGGCUGCAGCAUGAAUCCUUUGGGAUUUUUCACUCUGGCCGCCCUGGUGGUUGCCGCAUUGGCCGCUACACCCGCCACACAGCGUACCGUGUCGAGCCACCUCACAGCACAGGACCAGGAGCGCUUUGCGAAGGUGUUCAGCGAGGGACUGAAGUCGAACGAUCUGCAAUCACUGUACUAUGCGUCCGCGAAUGUGGCACUUCCGGCCGGUGAUGUUACCAGCACCUGCAAGCGAAGCGUUUGUGCAGGCCGAUGAGGUCGAUGGCAAGAUGCUGCAGUUCGAAGGUGGCCUGAGCAUUACGGCCCUCAUUGUGAACGGUGGCUUCAAGCUGGCGACGAGCCUCUCGAAACCGGCCCCGAUCACGGCCGACCAGGCGGUCAAAUUCGCCACCUACUUCCUGUCGCGGGCCUCCGUCCAGACGCCGAAGGGUGUUAGCGUGCUGCUGGAAGCGCUGAAGCUGCUGGCUUCGCAGAAAACCAUCGCUCCGGUAUGCGUCCGACUGGCCGGCAAUGGCCAGCUGCUGCCCGAAUCACCCGUACUGAGUGUGCGAGUGUGUGACCUGCUCGGUAAGCCGCUUUCGCCCGCACUGGCCGCCCUCUCGACGACGGUUGUGUCCCGCACGACCAACGAUGCGCUCGUUUCGAAGGUAAACCUGGUGCCCAGCAAGGACGACGCGACUCUGUACACGUACAAUCUGAAGUCGGCCUCGCCUACGCGCGGUCUCUACCGUGUGGACGUCGAUGCCGCACCCUCCUACCGCCAGCAGCUGCAGGUGAGCGUGCUGGGCAAGGUGCGCGUCAGCUCGCUGGAAGUCGGCGUAGGCGAUACGGACAGUGCCGCGUCGAGCGUGAAGCGCCAGUCGGUGACCCACCCGUCCAAGCUGGCCACCGUGCUGAACGCCGACUCGCAGCAGAAGGUCGUGCUGAAGACGGCGCUGGUCGAUGACGCCAGCGGCAAACCGAUCACCGUCCAUCAGUGCUUCGUGCUGCUGCGCCAUCAGGAAACGCGACAGGAGAUUAUCUUCGUUGCCGAGACCGACUCGAGCAAGGCGUACAAGUUCGAGAUGGAUGUGGGUGCGCGUGCGGCCGACUUUGGCCACAAGAGCGGACUGUACGAGGUGCGUCUGAUCGUGGGCGACGCGCUGCUCUCCAACUCCUUCCAGUGGCAUCUGGCCGAUCUGGAGCUGAAAUUUGCCGCCGGCGACAGUCAGCAGCAGCAGUCGGUUGAUGCGGCCGCCAGCUCGCGGAAACCCCUGCCGGAAAUUGUGCACCAGUUCCGGGCGCCGGAAAAGCGUCCCCCGCGCUUCGUGUCCGACCUGUUCACCGCACUGUGCAUCGCACCGCUCGUGAUCCUGUUCGGGCUGUGGGCCAAGCUGGGCGUGAACGUGAAGAACUUCCCGCUGUCGCUCGGUGCGAUCGGGUUCCAUCUCGGGCUCGGUGCUAUUCUGGUGCUGUUUGGCAUCUUCUGGCUGCGGUUGAACAUGUUCGACACGAUCCGCUACCUGAUCCCGCUGGCCCUGUUUACGUUCAUCUGCGGCAAUCGAAUGUUGCGCAAAAUCGCCCGCGGCGGUAGCAGCGAGAAGUAAAGCACUCUGUGAGUCUCAACAGUGUCUCUCUCUCUCUUUUGCUCUCUUCUCGCCGUUUGUUGAAACCGGAGCUAUGGAAAGGGUGGGAACGAAAUCCUUUCCACGAACAAAGGUUUUAGCAGUAAGCAACGCCUGCUAAGCAUGACGACAAAAACGUGCAACAAAACGAACCACAACAAACAGCGAAGCGGCUGAGAAGAUGGAGAGAACGCAUUUAUUAGCGCAGGAGAACCAAAAAACCAUUCCCUUUCCCUGCCGAACAUCGCAACCAUUUGCAAAAACAAAAGGGGAAGAAAUACAUGAAUUCCGUACACAUAGAGUCCCGCCAUCGAAUACCACUACACCAUCAUCGCGAUGGGUCAGACGGACGGACAGACAGACAAAGAGGGAGGACGACGGUGGUGCCCUUUUCUUUAAAUUGUAAGAAUUACCGUGAAAUGACGCAAGGGAAGCGAGCAAUAUGAGGUGAAUCACAAAAGUUAGGGUUUUAAUAGCGCAGAAGGCCGCGUAUGGAACUGAACAUUGUAGGCGAUACUACUUCCCCCGUCAAGCACGGGAGUCUCCAAGGCGAUCUCUGUACAGAGGUCACCCCUUGGUUGUCGUGUGAAAAAUAAACACUGGAAACAAAACCAA